CUCUCUCUCUCUCUCUCUCUCUGCUGUUCAAGUGUCUAACACAGAAAACAAAGGAACAAACAUGAGUAAGACUGGCUUCUCUUUGCUCUUCCUUCUGUCUAUGACCCUUGUGUCCAUUGAGGCGACCCAGGAGAGAGCCCCCCACGGGCUUGUCCAUGAGAGCCCCGUGGCUUUUCCACCGUCAGCAUAUAACUUCUUUCAUCCGAAUGCAAGAAGGCCUGAGACCAGAGACGCAUGUUCUGCGUCCAAAUGCUCACCGCUGCCGGAAGCGGCUCAAGUGGAAGCCGCUCAGAUAUAUGAAAGCAAAGCCUUGACUUCCCAGGAAGGCAGAAAACAACUGGGAGCUGGAGGGAUUGCUGGCAUUGUGUUUGGCGUUGCUGUUGCUGUGCUCCUUGCUAUGGGUGUCUAUUAUGUUAAAGCCAAACGUCAAGCCAACAUGAGCCGGGCCUAUGCUGUUCAGCCUCAAGCUUGAUGUGUUUUAUGUGUGUAUUAACUCGGAAGCCUCAGCUUAGAACAGGGCAUGCGACCCCCGCCCUUCCAUGUCUCACUUUCUUAUCCCUUACAAUUAGUAGUUUGCUCCUCUCGCCUGACUAGUUCUAAGGUGUCGGCUAGCCGGUGUAUCUAUGGUGAUGAUAGUGACUUAUUUGAAUGUCAUUGAAAUUUAACCAGUCA